AAGAUGAUGCUGCGAGACAUAUGAACGUGGCUAUUUAUGAAACUGAGACUUGCGUAUAUAUAGACGCUCACAGAAAUGCGUCGCCUCCAUUCUUCAGCCGGCGGCGAUGGGUCUUUUCCAGUUUCUCUCGUGUGCCUCCUUGGCACUCUUCGCGUCCAAUGUCGGUGCUGUCUCCUGGACCGCUGACCCGGUAAACCCGUCAUCCAUCCCUCUUGCCGUCCGUACUCCGUACCUCUCGGCAUGGCUUCCCCAAGGUGCCGGGGCUGCCCUCGGCGGUACAUGGCCGCAAUUCUGGACUGGCACUACCCUCGGGUGGGCUGGUUAUGUUCGCGUCGAUGGCAUCACCUAUACCUUCCUUGGCGCCCCCGACGUUCCUAAUCUGAGCCCCGCUUUAGCAACUCAGAAAAGCAUGACAUACACCGCGACUCAGUCUACCUUUGUGAUGAGUGCUGGUCCUAUUGACCUCACUGUCAACUUUCUCAGUCCUGUCGAGCCCAACGACCUCGUCAAGCAGUCUACUCCGUUCUCGUAUAUGGCCAUCUCGGCCGUUUCGAACGACGGAAACACCCAUGCCGUCACCCUAUACUCCGACAUCAGCGCAGAGUGGGCUUCUGGCGACCUGUCACAGGCUGUCAACUGGACCUCCACCACGUCCGGGGAUGUCUGGACCCACCAGGUUAUGCCCGAGGACCAGCAGAUCUACGGCGAGUACGACGACCACACCCAGUACGGAGCUGCCUAUUAUUCCACCCAGAGUUCCACUGGCGCCACCUAUCAGACCGGAGAGGAUACCGUCGUUCGCGCUCAGUUCAUCAACAACGGCGUACUUGCUAACACCGAAGACACCAACUUCCGCGCCGUCAGUGAUGAUUGGCCUGUCUUCGCCUUUGCUCAUGAUCUUGGCACCGUUGGCACAACCGCUACUGCUGAAGUCCUUUACACUGUUGGUCAUGUCCGCGAUCCUGCCAUCCAGUACAUAGUUGCCGGCGACAACUUCCAAGGCCGUAGUAUCUACAUGUGGACUCAGUACUCAACUGUUGCCGAUGCUAUUUCGGACUUCGUCGGCAGCUACUCGACUGCUCUCUCUGAUGCCAACACUUUCGACGCCAAGGUGAAGAGUGAUGCCACCGCAAUCUCGGACAACUACUACGCUAUUGUUGCUCUCUCCGUUCGUCAGGCCUUCGGUGCCACUGAACUUACGACCUCCAAAGCCUCUGAUGGUUCAUGGAACACCACCGACAUCCUCAUGUUUUUGAAGGAAAUUUCUUCGGAUGGUAACGUCAACACUGUUGACGUCAUCAUGCCUGCUUGGCCCGUCCUUCUUUACACUAACCCCACGCUCGGCAAGUACCUGCUACUCGGCUUAUUCGAGUACCAAGCCACCGGCAUGUAUCCUAACCAGUGGGCUGCACACGAUCUUGGUGCAUCGUACCCCAACGCUACUGGACACAACGAUGGGAACGACGAAAAGAUGCCUCUUGAGGAGUGCGGUAACAUGCUCAUCAUGACCCUUAGUUACACACAGAAAGCCAAUGACCAGUCCCUAAUCUCAAGCUAUACUCAGCUACUGGAGCAGUGGACUGGUUACCUCGUCCAAGAAGCCCUCAUCCCUGCGAAUCAAAUAUCCACUGAUGACUUUGCUGGCUCGCUUGCCAACCAAACCAAUCUCGCCAUCAAGGGCACCGUUGGCAUUCAAGCUAUGUCCGUUAUUGAGGGCAUGCUCGGAAACACUGCUCAGCAGCAAAACUACAGCUCGAUUGCUACGAGCUACGCUCCUCAAAUUUUGCAAUUCGCGACCGCCAAUGGUCACCUUGAGCUCAACUACAACAACGCCACAAGCUGGGGUCUUUCUUAUAAUCUCUACGCUGACAAACUUCUCGGCACAAAUGUUUUCAAUCAGUCUGUUUACGAGAUGCAGACUGCUUGGUACAAAACUGUAGUUAACCAAUACGGCGUACCUCUUGACACCCGCCACACCUACACCAAGUCUGAUUGGCAGAUGUGGACUGCCGCUUUCAUGACCGAUGACUCCGUCAGAGACUCAUUCAUCGACUCCGUCUACGCCUUUAUUGGCGAUGGCGAGAAUAACAUGCCCUUCAGUGACUGGUAUGAUACGCUGACUGGUGUUAGUGAUGGCUUCCGUGCCCGCCCUGUUGUCGGUGGCCAUUUGGCUUUGCUUGCCCUCUGAGUCCCACUAGUAACUAGUGUUGCCGCAUUUGGCGAACUGGCUGGAACCAAGCCGAAGAAACUUGCACUUGCACUUGUCAUCGGUCCAGAUCACACACCUCGUCGCUGCAUAGAGACUAAAACUCCGAAGGUUAACACUUGCUUGGUCGGUAUUGUGGCAAGACAGUGUGUUUCAAGGAGUCGGUUUGAGCUGGUUUCUCGAACCGCGGCAACACUAGUAGUGGCUAGAGACGUAUGUACUGGUAUACUUUCGGACGUUUUCAACUUUCGUGUAAUUAUCUCUUCAAGCUUUGUACAGGGGAAAUUAGGCAUAUGCAUAUCAG